UGUCCCGGCCCCAGAAACCAUCGACAUGAGUGGCAGCGUGGGCGGCGCGACGAUGGCGUUGGGAGACGUGGACGUCGCAACGUUGGAUGCGUGGUGCGAGAAGCUUCUCACAUGCCAACCACUCAGUGAGCCCGAGGUCGUGCGGCUGUGCGCCCGCGCGAAGGAAGUGCUGCGGAACGAGUCCAACGUCCAGCCGGUGCGGUGUCCCGUGACCGUGUGCGGAGACGUGCACGGCCAAUUUCACGACCUCAUGGAGCUGUUUCGCAUCGGGGGGCAUGCGCCCGAUACCAACUACCUGUUCAUGGGCGACUACGUGGACCGAGGGUACUACUCCGUGGAGACCGUGACGUUGCUUGUGGCGCUAAAGGUGCGGUACAAGGACCGCGUGUUCAUCCUCCGAGGGAACCACGAAAGUCGGCAGAUCACACAAGUGUACGGGUUCUACGACGAAUGUCUGCGCAAGUAUGGCACGCCGAAUGUAUGGCGUCAGUUCACCGAGGUGUUUGACUACUUGCCGCUCACGGCCGUGGUCGAGAACCAGAUCUUCUGUCUUCAUGGAGGGCUGUCCCCUUCCAUCGACACGUUGGACCACAUCCGCGCACUGGACCGCGUCCAAGAAGUGCCGCACGAAGGUCCGAUGUGCGAUCUCUUGUGGAGCGACCCCGACGACCGCUCCGGAUGGGGCAUCUCCCCUCGCGGUGCCGGGUACACGUUUGGCCAAGACAUUUCCGACCAGUUCAACCACGCGAACGGCCUCACGUUGGUCUCCCGCGCCCAUCAGCUUGUCAUGGAGGGGUACAACUGGUCGCAUAAGAUGAACGUUGUGACCAUCUUUUCCGCGCCCAACUACUGCUAUCGCUGCGGCAACGAAGCCGCCAUCAUGGAAAUCGAUGAGCAAAUGAAGUAUACAUUCUUGCAAUUCGAUCCGGCGCCGCGCCGCGGGGAGCCCCAUGUGAGUCGACGAACCCCCGACUAUUUCUUAUAGAUACACACACAAUACUACUAUCAUCCCCCAUCGUCAAAGUACCAACCUGUUUCAU